AUGAGCUCUCCAGUCCAAAUUACUCCUCAACCUCAGACCGACGACGUUGUUCGUCCAGCUGAGGCCUCUCCUCCACAGAUCCUCGACAUUGUCCGAUGUUCUCGCUGCCAACAAUCUCUCAGCCUAGGCCAAUCAGGCUGCAGCAUUGUUCAAUUCGGUAUGAACUCGUACUAUUGCAGCCGUUGCGCAACCAAAGUCGGCUUCGGAGGAUGA